UUCGUCGUCUCUCUCUCUUUCUCUCACACAUUUUUGUCUGUCUCUUCACGAUCGAUCUCGCAAGCUCUGUCAUUUGGGGAUUCAUGGCAGACAGUCGCUUCACCGGAACCUUACCCACUUCGUCUUCUAGAUGGAGUUUUCUUCCCAAAUCCGUAUCCGGCCAUUUUAGACCAAACUCGAACCCUAGAUCCGACAUCGAAAACUUCCCUCCUCACGAUCCAAACAUCAAUACUCCGCGAAAUGAAUCUGUCUCUAAAUCAGCGGCUUACAGGAAUCAGAUGGGUUCACCCAAUCGCCGAGGUGAAGUUUUAUCGUCUCGGCGAAAUGGAGUGUCGGCAGUGAAGAUUCGAAAUGAAGUGGAAGAAGAAGCCUCGAAUCCACAUGUCAAGGUUGUGGUGAGAAUUAAACCUACCAAGGAGUAUUGCUGGAAAGUUAAAAAAGUUUCCAAUGAUUCAUAUUCUGUUAGGGAUCGCCAGUUUACAUUUGAUUCUGUUCUCGACUCAAAUCUAAAUCAGGAUGAUGUAUUCCAGCAGAUAGGUGUUCCUUUGGUUCGGGAUGCUUUAUCAGGUUACAACACUAGUGUGCUAUCAUAUGGACAGAACGGAAGUGGGAAGACCUAUACACUGUGGGGUCCAGCAGGUUCAAUGCUUGAGGAUCCAUCUCCUAAAGGCGAGCAAGGACUCGCGCCUCGAGUCUUUCAGAUGCUGUUUUCGGAAAUCCAGAGAGAGAAGUUGAAGUCAGGAGGGAAAGAAGUGAACUAUCAGUGCCGUUGUUCCUUUCUUGAGAUAUACAAUGGGCAAAUCAGUGAUUUGAUAGAUCAAAACCAGAGAAACCUUAAGAUAAAGGAUGAUGCAAAGAAUGGUGUUUAUGUCGAUAACUUGACUGAGGAAUACGUAGAUAGCUAUGAGGAUGUAGCUCAAAUACUGAUGAAGGGCCUUUCAAGCAGAAAAGUUGGAGCAACUAGCACAAGUUUUCAAAGUUCUCGAUCACACGUCAUACUUUCUUUCAUUGUCGAGUCUUGGAAUAAGGGAGCAUCAUCAAGUAGUUUCAAUACUACCAGAACAAGCAGGAUCAACCUUGUUGAUCUUGCUGGAGUGGGAACAAGUGAACGUGAUGCUACUAAACAUUGUGUGGAGGAAGAUAAGUUCUUGAAGAAGUCGCUGUCAGAGCUCGGCCAUGUUGUAAACGCUCUGGCGAAAAAUAUUCACCCUGGAAUAUCCGACCGCAGUCUUCAUAAAACCUCAUGCUUGACGCAUUUAUUGCAAGAAUCUCUUGGUGGAAAUUCAAAACUCACUAUCCUGUGCAACAUUUUUCCGAGCGACAAAGACACAAAAAGAACGAUGAGCACCCUUAGAUUUGGUGAGCGGGCUAAAGCCAUGGGAAACAAACCAAUGAUAAAUGAGAUCUCGGAAGAAGAUGUGAAUGAUUUGAGUGAUCAGAUACGUCUGCUAAAGGAAGAACUUACAAGAGCCAAAACCGACGCUUGUCACUCUGUUGGAAGUACAAAUGAUUAUUUCGGAGCUAAGAAUGCACGUGAAAGCUUGAAUCAACUAAGAGUUAGUCUUAACCGCUCUUUGAUGCUCCCAAAAAUUGAUAUUGACGAGGAAGAGAUAACGGUUGAUGAAGAUGAUGUAAAGGAGCUGCAUCAGCAGAUCAAGUCCUUGCGUGGUUCAUUCAACCAAAAACUUAAGAAGCUCCCUGUCAGCAGAGAGUCAGUCAACUCUUCCUUUGUAACAGCAUUCGGUGAAUCAGAGCUUAUGGACGAUGAUGAGAUUUGUUCAGAGGAAGUAGAAGCUGAAGAUAAAGAUUUUGGUGAAUCUUUGAAAGAACAUGACGAAGACAGUGCAGGGAUAAUAAAUGAAUCAAGGUUAAAGGAAUUUGCAACGGAAAACCGCAUUUCAAUCAAUCCCUGCCGCCAAUCAUUAAUCUUGCAAGAACCAAUCCAGUCAGAGUCACCUAAAAUCAGAGACUCUCUAAGGAAGAGCUAUGCUCUUUCUUCAUCAUGUCUCAGGAAUCAGAAUAGCCUGGCGCAGAGCAUAAAGUCCACGUGUUUUGCAGAGAGCCAACAUAUCAGAUCAUCUUUACGUGGAAGUAAGAUAUUCACAGGUUCUACAGAAUCUUUAGCUGCAAGCCUGCGAAGAGGCUUGGAUAUUAUUGAGAAUCCGCUGAACCCUGCAUCAAACCGAUGCUCAGUUUCUUUGUCAUCUGAUAACUUGACCAUGCAACCUUCCACACAGAUACUACAGAAUGAUAAAAUUUUAACAGAUGUAACAGAUGAUCCUCUGUCGCCACUCUGUCCGUCCUGCAGACUAUGCAGCUCCAAAUUAUCAAGUGUAGUUGAGGGAAAUGGAUAUCAUAUGGAAGGGAUUAUUGAGAAGCAGCAAGAGCUUGAAAAUUUGUGCAGAGAGCAAGCAGCCAAGAUUGAACAGCUAACUCGCCUGGUAGAGCAACACAAACUUCAAACUGAGGAUGAAACAGAAGAACUUGUGGGACCAAGUAAUGGAGAACGAGUUCCUUCUGCAGAUAAAAACCAGCUUCCCAGCUGUACUGAUGUUGUUGAGCGUGACCAAGCAGAAGUCAUAACUGAACAAUAUGACGUAAAACAAAUCUCGGAUGACGACUCCAAAAAGACACUCUUUUUUAUUGGUGAGAAGGAGGCAUUACUCAAAGAAAUUGAAGAUCUGAAAAGCAAGUUGCAGACGCCUGUAACCAUCUGCACCGAUGAAAUGAGGUCAUCACUGUUGGCUCGUUCAUUUCAACUCCGUAACAAGACUUCUGAAAAAGAUAUAGAAGAAGAAAGACUCAAGUGCACAGAAAUGGAAAGUGAGUGGAUAUCAUUAACCGAUGAACUCAGAGUUGAGAUUGAAACUCAACGUAUGCGUGCAGAGAAAGCUGAAGCACAGCUUAAACAAGAGAAACUAUCUUCUGAAGAGUUAGAGGAUGCACUUCGAAGAGCUGUUCUUGGUCAUGCCAGGUUUGUUGAACAUUACACAGAGCUACAAGAGAAGUACAACGACUUAGGCUCAAAGCAUAAAGCAACAGUGGAAUGGAUAACAGAGUUAAAGAAGGCAGUAGCAAAGGCUGGAAAAAAGGGUUGCGGUUCACGUUUCGCUAAAUCACUUGCUACUGAGCUCUCAGCUCUUAGAGUAGAAAGAGAAAGAGAAAGGGAUUUGUUGAAGAAAGAAAACGUAAGCCUCAAGAUUCAACUAAGGAAUACUGCUGAAGCUGUUCAUACUGCUGGAGAAGUUCUUGUAAGACUCAGAGAAGCAGAACAAUCAGCAUCAGCUGCUGAGGAAAAGUUCAAUGAAGCAGAAGAAGAAAACGAGAAGCUAAAGAAGAAAAUGGAAAAGUUGAAGAGGAGACACAAGUUGGAAGUGGUAACAAUAAAAAAGAGUCUUAAACAGAACACGUUGCCAGAAUCUGCGUUGCAGCCACUAAAUCAGAAGAACUCAGCUACUGAGGAAGGAAUGUAGAAACAUAUACCACAGUGCAUAACAUGAAGACCCUUCUUGGAUCUGAUUGGUAUAUACACACACACCUUUAUUCUGCUUAUUUUCCCACUUGCUGCUAAUAAAAUUCAAAUGUCCCCUAUUCCACAAGGCAUUUUGAUUUUGGUUUUCCCUGUUGAAUAAUUCGUUCCCCUGUUUUUGAUUUGAAUAUCGUGUUUGUGGCGUGCAAACUGGUCUUUUGUAUGACUUUACCUUGGUAAUUCGUUUUAUUUUUUUGUUACAUUUAAAACUGUUUUCUUUUUGAUA